AUGAUAGAAGCAAUAUUUGGAAAGCGUAAGACUCCGGCAGAAAUGCUUCGAGAGAAUCAACGUGCUUUAAAUAAAGCAAUGCGUGAAUUAGAUAGAGAAAAGUCUCGUUUAGAAGCAGAAGAAAAAAAGGUUAUUGCUGAAAUAAAAAAGAUGGCAAAAUUAAACCAAAUGGAUUCUGUACGUGUUAUGGCAAAACAAUUAGUUAGAACUCGAAAUUAUUGCAAAAAGUUUACAAUGAUGAAAGCUACUAUUCAAACUGUAUCUCUUAAAAUUGCAACAUUAAAAAGUCAAGAUUCUAUGGCUACAGCUAUGAAAGGUGUCACAGUAGCUAUGAAAAAAAUGAACAGUCGCAUGAAUCUUCCACAAAUACAAAAAAUAAUGAUGGAUUUUGAAAAACAAUCAGCAAUUAUGGAUAUGAAAGAAGAGAUGCUUGAUGAUGCUGUUGAUGAUAGUAUGGGAGAAGCUGAUGACCAAGAAGAAAGUGAAGGAAUUGUAAAUCAAAUACUUGAUGAAUUAGGUAUUCAAAUGGGCAAUGAGCUUAACACUCUACCAGAAGGUUCACAGGGAAUUACGGCUGGUGCUCAGGCAAAUAAACCUGUUGCCGAGGGGGUAAUGUCAGAUGCUGAUGCUGAUCUUGCCGCAAGACUCGAAAACUUAAGACGUGGAUGA